AUGAGCGGGAGAGGCGGACGUGGGGGCAGAGGCGGGCGCGGCGGCAUCUCGAAAUCCUUCAACCGGGAGCAGUUGAACGCCAUGGGGGUUUUAAGCAACGAGGUUCUACCCGGACCGGUGACGCAGCCGCCGCCUUUGUACCCCUUACUAGAUCACAAACCUGUGCCUUUAACACCUUCAGUGGAAACUGACUACCUCUUAAUUCUCAAACAAGAUUUGAUCGACCAUAUGCAGUUGUCACCGUCGUAUUUGAAAAUGCCGUACGACAAGAACAAGCAGCCGGAGCAAGAAAUUGACAAACUGGUGGCGCAGCUGCCAAGUGUGAAGGAGAAGUACGACUGGAAGUUGUUUCCGUCGGAGCUUCGCCCCAAAGUUUUGGCCCACCGGGUUAAUAAAGCCAAAGUGAGUAAAAGCGUGGAUGUGCAGCAGAGGUUGAACCAGCUGGAGAAGAUUGAGGAGAAGACUGGCGAUAAAGUCGUCAAAGAGGAGGAGGACGAGGAGGUGCAGGAUGAAGAAGAGGAGAUUAUUGAGGAGGAUCAAGAUGAAGAGAUGGACGACGGGACGGACUACGCUAAUAACUACUUUGACAACGGGGAGGGGUACGAAGACGAGGAUGAUAACUUAGAUGACGGACCUAUUUUUUAGUGUGGGGGUGUGUAAAUAUUGAAAGCUCACGACGAUUGAGGUUUAUUUUAAAUAAAUUAUUUAUAAAUUAA